AUGACGACCGGAGAUCUCAUCAAUAUCCAUCCUACAGAGCUUAAGUUCCCUUUUGAGUUGAAGAAGCAAAGCUCGUGUUCGAUGCAAUUGACCAACAAGAGAGCAAAUGUUGUCGCAUUUAAGGUGAAAACAACAAAUCCGCGGAAAUACUGUGUCCGACCAAACACGGGUGUUGUCUUGCCCGGAGAAUCCUGCAAUGUAACAGUGACGAUGCAAGCACAGAAAGAGGCACCUCUGGAUAUGCAAUGCAAAGACAAGUUCCUUGUUCAGAGUGUUAUUGUCUCAGAUGGGACCACCUCCAAAGAAGUCCUCGCUGAAAUGUUCAACAAGGAGGGAGGGAGAGUGAUUGAGGAUUUCAAAAUGAGGGUAGUGUACAUAGCGGCUAAUCCGCCAUCCCCUGUCCCUGAAGGAUCCGAAGAAGGCAACUCUCCCAGGACCGACUUUGCCUCUCAACCCGGCUCUCUCUUUGAUGACGUGUCGAGAACGCUAGACGAAACAAAUGAGAAAUCCUCCGAGGCAUGGUCCAUGAUUUCCAAAUUGACUGAGGAGAAAGCUGCUGCUAUUCUUCAAAGUCAGAAGCUUCGACAGGAACUGGAAAUGUUGAAGAAAGAAACAAGCAAGAAGCAGUCUGGUGGUCCUUCCUUGGUGCUGUUGCUGCUCGUUGCUCUGCUUGGCUGCCUCUUUGGCUACAUCUUGAACCGCACUUAG